GCCGCAGCCGGGGUAUAAAUAGGCCGAUGUAAACAAAGGAAGGGGAUAGUUCGACGGCAGCGACCCAGCCGAGGGUGAUCUUUACUGAAUGUUCUUGUGUCGACGAGCGCGUCCGGACCAGAGGCUGACUGCGGGGGGACGGCCACUCUGAAGCGAAUGAAGAAACUCCUUAUCUUUCACUUCACAUACCGAGGACUUUUGACGAAAGGAAAGAAGAGUAAAAGAAGAAAAUGGAGUAUAAAUUACGAAAGGCCGAACCACGGGACGUGUCUGAUAUAUUACGACUGGUGAAGGAACUGGCUAAAUACGAAGAGAUGGAGCACCAGGUGAGGCUGACUGAAAAAGAUCUCCUGGAGGACGGGUUCGGUGACACGCCGUUUUACCACUGCAUCAUCGCUGAAAUCCAAGGAGAGAGCAGCAGCGACGAUCUGAAGGUGGUGGGAUUCGCCAUGUACUACUUCACCUACGACCCCUGGGUCGGCAAGCAGCUCUACCUGGAGGAGUUCUACGUGAUGGACGAGUACAGAGGACUGGGCAUAGGCUCGCGGAUCCUGCGCCACCUCAGUGAUCUGGCGAUGAAGACACGCUGCUCCGGCAUGAUGUUCGUGGUGGCGGAGAACAACGAGCCGUCGGUCCAGUUCUACAAGCAGCGCGGCGCCGAGGACCUGUCGCAGGAGGAGGGCUGGAGGCUGUUCCGCUUCGACAAGGACAGCCUGGUCAAGAUGGCCACUCCGGCCGAGGAGUGACGGGGGGAGGAAGAGGAGGACGACUCUCCUCCUCGUUCAGACGAAAAGUUCAGCUUUUUUUUUUUUAAAAAGGGGAAAAUCUGUUUGACGAUUAUAUUUGACUUGAUGUUGUUUUAGUUUUAACUUAGUCCGUUUUGCGCAUUUUUAAUUUUCUUAACGUGUUUUUUGUUUUGUAGAAUCACUAGUGUUUGACUCUUCCACUGAUCGUUGGUGUGUUUGACUCUUCAACUGAUCGUUGGUGUGUUUGACUCUUCCACUGAUCGUUCGUGUGUUUGACUCUUCAACUGAUCGUUCGUGUGUUUGACUCUUCAACUGAUCGUUCGUGUGUUUGACUCUUCCACUGAUCGUUCGUGUGUUUGACUCUUCCACUGAUCGUUCGUGUGUUUGACUCUUCAACUGAUCGUUCGUGUGUUUGACUCUUCAACUGAUCGUUGGUGUGUUUGACUCUUCAACUGAUCGUUCCGUUGAUCCUUCUUUGGUUAGAACUGAUGCAUGAGAUGUGCAGGGAAAACUCACCAUGACUUAUAUUUACAAUAAAACUAUAACCGAUCACACGCA